UCCCGCUGUUGUGACCAUGGCUCCACAAUUCUUAAUUUCUCUUCUGGCCUUGAUCUUUCUGCGAGCUACAGCUGAACCAGAAUGUAAGAACCUGGUUAAGCCAUUGGUCCUGGACAGCCACAGUCCUAUCUAUGGAAAGUGGGUGUUACAUGUUGCAUCGUGGGACAAAGAAGAGCUCAAAGAGGACCUGUUCUCUGUAAAAACAUCUUUGGUGGAACUUUCAGCUCAUCCCGACAAUGAGCACAUGACAGUUUACUGGGCUGAUCGCAUGAGAAAGGAUGACACCUGCCUCCAGGGUCUGACCAACGCUACCAUAUCUGGAAUGACAACUCACACUACAUUUAAUAUUAAUGGUCACACUUCGUACCAUGAGGGGAAGUACUAUGAGACCUGUACUGACUGUCUCUUGUCUGAGGACACCACUCUUCUGCCUGAUGGAAACUCCAAGGGACGCUAUCUGUUCCUCUUCACACGCACUGGCAAACUGGAGCCCUCUGAGUUGGAGACGUUUAAGAAGCAGGCAGAGUGCCUGAAAUUCUUCCCUGAGUACUUUUUUGGAACAGAUGAGCUUUGCCCAGAUCAGAGGGAAGCAGAGACUUCUGCAGCACAGGGCAAACCAGCACCCACACAGGCACCUUCUGAGUGAGCCAAUUAGAACAAUGUAGUUUUAUUUCUUUCAUUGUCCAAUAUGCAAUGUAUGUGGAUAAUCUGUCACUUUCUUUACAUAAGAAUGAA